CAGUUCGCAAAAUAUCAAUGAUGAGCUCAAGAUAAUAAUAAACUCAAUUUCUCUCAAUCAUAGAACAUGGAAGAGUACGCGCGUCAGCCCAGUCCUCUGCCGGCGCGGCCUGGAUCUCGCAAACGCGUCGCACCGAUAAUCUCCGUGCUAACCCUAUGCCUCUUUGUCAACCUAUCGAUGAGCCUCUAUCAACUCCCCUCAAAUCGAUUGAUCGAGAGGCGUCUUUGCGUAGACUACUACCGCCAGAAUGAUCCGUCGCAAAUCCAGCCCGGUGGCAGCGUUGACGAGAAGCUAUGCAAGAUUCGCGAGAUAGAAAAAGACCUGGGUCGGAUUCAGGGCGUAAUGGAGACGCUCUGGGUUGCCGGAGACUUUGUCAUGACUAUUCCCCUCAGCUUUCUGGCUGAGAAAUGGGGACGCCGGACGAUACUCAAACUAAACCUUCUGUCGCGUUCCUUUAUGCUGCUAUGGGCUAUCAUAGUUGGAUCUUUCGAUGCUCUGCUCUCAACCAAGGCUAUCAUGGCCGGCCCGGUGCUGUCAGUCCUUGGUGGAGAUUGCGUCUUCAACUCUCUUACCUACAGCCUUGUCUCGAAUUUAACAGACGACCAUGUUCAACGAGCCAUUUACUUCGGAUACAUGAGCUCAGUGUCUUAUGUCGUGGCCUUACUUGGGCCUGCACUAGCUUCAUCUACCAUGACUCUAUCGCUAUGGCUACCGUUCUGGCUCGCCAUAGCCCUGCUCUCAUUGGCUGUCCCUACCAUACAGAUGCUACCUACGCAAGAAAAUACGGACAAAGGAACCGAUGGUGAUGACGAGAGCCAACAUGAGCCUCUCCUCUCAUCCCCUCGUAUUAAAGCUCAAUCCCAUCACGAGCCACUACUCCAGUCUGUGAUUGGCCGUCUCCAGACGAUCAAGACCAUCAUCGUCAGCCAUCCAAAGAAUUUUAGCUUGUUGUUGUUCAGCUUCAUGCUCACAUCCCUCGCGAGCUCAGAUACAAAGCUUCUUGUGCAGUAUAUAUCCGCACGCUACAAGUGGACAUUUGCGUCCGCUGGAUAUCUAUUAUCUGGAAAAGCAAUCGUCAACUUCACGUUACUCACCAUCGUUAUUCCCAAGCUUUUGCGAUCUGCACGCCAGGCGCGACAAGAAGACGCAGCUGAGGUAGCGGAUAAGUCAAAUAUCCGGAACGCUAUGUACUGCCUUGUUGCAUCUGUGUUUGGCGCCUUGGGCAUCGCCAUUGCGAGCGAGAUUUGGAUGUUAAUCCCCUCCAUGUUUGUCUACGCUCUUGGUUCUGCCCUUCCUAUCUUCACUCUAUCACUUCUCAAAUCUCCUGUCAUAUCGCCGCCUCAUAAUUCCGACUCGUCCGAUCCCGAACCUCACAUCUUCUCUAUUGUCAUGCUGGUAAAGACUGUUGGUUCGCUUUUAGGGGCGCCUUUGAUGGCAGCGCUCUGGGUCCGCGGUCUUGGGAUUGGCGGCAUGGCUCUCGGUAUGCCGUUCUUCGUCAGCCAGGCAUGUUAUGCUGUGGCCAUUUGGGUUUUCGUAAACAUAGAGGUAGACCGUGAUGUGUUGGCUGCUGCCGAGCGGAGGAGACGCAACCGGGACUAGAGCUCAGGGAAUGCCAAAAGUCAAUUCACUGCCAAACCUGGCACGCUUGCGAUCUUCUAGCACUGUCGAAUUGCUUUGACAACUCAACAAGAAUGGCUGGGCAAGGCCGGCAUGGCGCGUGCGAGAAACAGCUAUGGUUGCAGUACACAACUUUCAACCACACGAAUUGUUGCCUCAGGUUGUUUCUAGAUGAAAGGGCUUAUCAAGUUGCAAGGUUCAAUAUGUUUAUGGAGAUGAUAUUCGCGUCCCUGGGCUUCCUGAGACAUGCAGUUAUCCACCAAUAUCACCGCAGCCGCCCUCAACAAUCAUGACCCGCACCAGGAUCUUGCCUGCAAUACUACGUAGAUCAGUCUAAUGUCCGGAAAUAGAUGGAGACACAGAACAGAAUGCUGUGGAAUCCGCG